CCUUCCCACUUUACUGUGUGGUGCUGGCAGUGAAGUUGGUUUGGGAUUUUCACUGUUACCUCUGGAAAAAGCUGAACCUGUUUGGAAUCAUCAUAUUUGAGCUUAGCACUGCCCUGCCCCUCAAAAGAUGAGGCAGACACCAAGGAGGGGGUGAUCUGCCUUGUGACUGCACACUUGUGUUCUUAGGAACCCCCACUUAGGAGAUACCCAUUUUAUUUUAUUUUUAAGGGGUGACAAACUGAGAAUCCCACAGAGUUGUCAGCAUGAGGACAGGAAGAUAUCACCUUUAGCCCCAAACUGUAUUUGCACCAACCAGUCCUCCAUCCCUUACAGUGGUGCUGGUUACUGCCCAGUUCCUGCAGGAGAAUUAUCCUCAACCUGCUGUGACCCUUUUCCUGAGCAAAGGGACUAAAUUCCCCAUCACCCACAGAAAUGCUCCCUGGAGCUUGUCCCAGCCCACAGUGUCACCUACUUCCAGGACACAGCUUGGGGUCUGUCCUGCCUGGAGAUGUCGAGGCUGCUCUCACAAGUGGUCACUGGAGUUGUAGGUUGAGGGAAGGGCUCAAUGUCCCCAGUAUCUUGACUUCUGCCAUGGCUGGAGGCCCAGAGCUAUUGAUCAGAGAGACUUUGCCCACGUGGUAUUGAUCAGCAAGCAGGGGCAAUGUCCACGGGAGGGCCUCCCAGAAAGGUGCCCUGAUGGCAGGUGAUGGUCUGAUCACCCCCGGCCUCUCCUGGUCCUUGUGUUGGCCUUGAGCCCUCUGAUCAGAGCAAUCAGGUGGCAGUUUGCUAACGGGCUGAUGCCCUGCCUGGGCAGGUCAGGUGGAAGAGGAAACCCAGAGAGGCCGAGGGAGAGGUUUGUCAUCAUUUCUGUCCUUCCAGCCAUGGAUAGGAAGCAGAAGCAAGCAGAGAAGGCCAGGCCCCACAGCCUGCUGAAAACCACAGCUUUAGCCAAGAUCCCAGGCAGAUUCCAACUUCAUCAGGAAGCUUUGCCCCAUCUCCCAGUGCCACCACUCCAGCAGACCCUGGACCGGUACCUGCUGGCCCUGCAGCCCAUCAUCAGUGAGGAGGAGCUGAGCCACACGCAGGACCUGGUGGCCGAGUUCCGCAAGCCGGGAGGCGUCGGGGAGAGGCUGCAGAGAGGCUUGGAGAGAAGAGCCAAAAAAACAGAGAACUGGCUCUCAGACUGGUGGCUGAAGACAGCUUACCUGGAGUAUCGCCUGCCUGUUGUGGUCCACUCCAGCCCAGGGGUGGUUUUACCCAAGCAGGAUUUUCUGGAUCGACAAGGUCAGCUCAGAUUUGCUGCCAAGCUGAUCGAGGGCAUCCUGGAUUUCAAGACCAUGAUUGACAAUGAGACCCUCCCAGUGGAAUACAUGGGUGGGAAGCCCCUCUGCAUGAACCAGUACUACCAGAUCCUCUCCUCCUGCCGCAUCCCCGGGCCCAAGCGGGAUUCCAUCGUCAACUAUGCCAGAGGCAAAAAGCAGUCCAGGCACAUCACAGUGGUUCACAACUUCCAGUUCUUUGAGCUGGAUGUUUACAACAGUGAUGGAACUCCCCUUACCACUGACCAGAUCUUCAUUCAGUUGGAGAAGAUAUGGAACACCUCCCUCCAGACAAACAAAGAACCUAUUGGGAUCCUCACCACCAACCACCGGAACAGCUGGGCAAAAGCCUACAACAACCUUCUGAAAGACAAGACCAACAAGGAAUCUGUGCGUGCCAUUGAGAAGAGCAUUUGCACUGUCUGCCUGGAUGGUCCCAUCCCACGGGUGUCUGAGGACAUCUACAAGAGCCAGGUGGCCGCUCAGAUGCUGCACGGCGGCGGCAGUCAGCAGAACAGUGGGAACAGAUGGUUUGACAAAACCCUUCAAUUCAUCAUUGCUGAAGAUGGCUCCUGUGGGCUGGUGUAUGAGCAUGCUCCUGCUGAGGGCCCACCCAUUGUUGCUCUUUUGGAUCACAUCGUGGAGUACACGAAGAAGCCUGAGCUGGUGAGAUCACCCAUGGUCCCAUUGCCAAUGCCCAAAAAGCUGAGGUUUAACAUCACCCCGGAAAUCAAGACAGACAUAGAGAAGGCAAAGCAGAACCUCAACAUAAUGGUUGAAGACCUGGAUAUCAAAGUCUCAGUCUUUCAUCAAUUUGGGAAAAACUUCCCCAAGUCAGAGAAGAUAAGUCCUGAUGCUUUUAUCCAGGUGGCCUUGCAGCUAGCAUACUACAGGAUGUACGGCCACGUCUGUGCCACCUACGAGAGCGCCUCGCUGCGCAUGUUCCGCCUGGGCCGCACCGACACCAUCCGCUCCACUUCUGUGGCCUCUCUGAAGUUUGUGCAGUCAAUGGACAGCCCGGAUAAAUCGGACCAGGAGAAAGCAGACUUGCUGAGGAGAGCUACCCAGGCCCACAGGGAAUACACCGAUAUGGCCAUCAGGGGCAAUGCCAUCGAUCGCCACCUCCUUGGCUUGAAGCUUCAGGCUAUUGAGGACCUGGUGAGCAUGCCUGAGCUCUUCAUGGACACAGCCUAUGCUGUUGCAAUGCACUUCAAUCUCUCAACCAGCCAGGUCCCAGCAAAGACAGACUGUGUGAUGUGUUUUGGUCCCGUGGUUCCAGAUGGAUAUGGAGUCUGCUACAACCCUAUGGAAGAACACAUCAACUUUGCCAUUUCAGCAUUCAACAGCUGUGCUGACACAAAUGCAGCCCAGAUGGCACAUUAUCUUGAGAAAGCCCUGCUAGACAUGAGGACCUUGCUGCAGUCCACUCCAAAAUCCAAACUGUAAGAGGCCAACGUGAUGCAUAACUCCCAAGGAGAGGGGCUGUCCCUCCUGCACUGAAGUUCCCAGUUCCUCAGAAAAUGAUUGAGGGGAUGGCUUCUCCAGACUGGGACCUAGGAGGGCAUCUACCAUUUGUUUUUAGCAAGAAGUUGCAGAAUGGUCAUCUGCAGAUGUUAAGACUUUUGUGGUGAGAUGAAACACUUAAAGUGAAGCAGAACUGAUCCUCUGCCAGCAAUGCCAAGUGCACCUUCCUGUCCUCAGAGAGGACCCAAAUGCAAUUUUCAUGGAACUUACUUGUAAAGGAAUACAGAAAGCACGGUCCUUACCAGAAUCUAAAUCCUUUUGGUGAGGAAGGUAGUUCUCCAGAGAAAGCAGUGGAUGUUUAUUAUGGAACUGCUGUAAAACCAAGGCUUUUUACUGGUUUAGUCUUCUGAAGAGUGCAGCAUCUUUCAGAUUUGACUGAAGAGCUUUCUGCUGCUCCAGGAAAACAUCACCAGUGAACUCUGGCAAGGGGCAAAGAAGUUCUUCAGUCAGAGCAGACCCAGUGUCAGGAGAGCACACUGCACUACUUGUCAGGCACUCCAACCAUUGAAUGCUUUACAGGCCUGGGAAUGUUCCCUUCCCCUCAUUUCAUGAUGCUGGGAUCUCCUUUCUGUUGCACUGACCCUAUUAACAACAGAAUCCAAUUUGCUACCAUGGGGUUUUUUGUUUGUUGUUGUUGUUCUGGGGUUUUUGUUAAGCUUGCUGUUGUGGCUCUAUCCGUGGAUCUUCAGGCUCAGCUUUUUCCCCACACAGCUUCCACAGAACUUCUCUGUCACACAGGUUUUGCCAGCUUUGCUUUAUGCACCUGAAGAUGUGCAGAGAUGAGAAGGGAUUGCCUGUGCAUUUAGCAGGACACUUGCUUCCUUGUACCUUUCUUUGGAAUUAAGGAAAAGAAACAAGAUGCUGAUGGCCUCUUCAGCAGCCAGAAGGCCACAUGCCUCAUCUCCUUCAGGGCACACCUUAACCCACUGUGGUUUUAGAACUUGCUUUCAGAAACAAUGAAUAAAUUAUGAAUAAAUAUUGUGAAUAAAUUAUGCCUAAAUUGUAAACAAUUAAGAGUUUUCCAGAACAUACUUCCCACAGAAUUCAAUCUUUCACAACUAAAGGAAGAACAGCUGCAGAAUCACCCUUAUUUCUUAUCACUCUGCUUUAACAAGGCUGAAGAGUUUGAAAAGCAGGAAGAAAGCCAAGGCCAUGCAAACACAGCAGAUGAUUGUGGCAAUUAUUUUUCCUGUACAGCACCUUUCUUGCCACUCUUGGGGGAGUUUUUUCUUACUGCCAUGUUACUCAGAUUUGUGCCAGCUGUAAGAGAGCAAUCCCACAAGUGUGUUCUCAUGUUCAGUUGACAAACUGAAGGCAGUAAAAGAGAAAAAUUACCAAUUGUAGCAUAAGAACUUUUGUAAGCACUAAUUCCAGUGGCUCUGUCAGAAUCCAAGCUCCUGACUAUACUUCUAUUCCUUAAAAUAUGGGGUAAGGAAGAAUUCUGGAGCUAUUUCUGCAACAGGAAUUCAGUACAUAAUUACACACCCUCCAAGAUGUGGUUGCUGGGACAUCAUAAAGCAGAAGGAUGAGGAGUCUGAUGGCCUGUUGUAUAACAGGGAAAUAUUUAAUCAUCAUUGCUACUUCUCUGAUGGCAGAACAGCAAGGGACAUGAUCAAAGUGCCUUGGUGAACAUCUGAAGAAAUUUGCACUAAAUUUGUUUAAAAUAGAAAAAAAAAAUCUUUAAUUUCCUUCUUGAAAGCCAAGCCAACACUACUGCAUUUUUUCCCUACAGAAAAAAAAAGCUUUGAAAUACCAUUCAUGUACCUAAAUAAACCUUAAAAAGGAAAAUUUAACUGAAACUCACCUGCACAGCCAGUGAUUGUAUGAACUGCCACCACUUUCACAUCAUCUACAUGGAUUUAGUUGAUCUUUUAGAAGAAUCCUGAAUGGAGUGAGAUAGUCUAAAAAAGCCACCACCAGGAGUACUCCAAGUCUGUGAGCACACAGCCCUGCUCUGCUGACUCCUGUGAGAAUUAAGACUGAAAACUGCAGGAGGAUACUUGGGAUUAUCACAGUGUGUUUGUUCAAACACUUCAUAAAAGACCAAACCUUGCUGGAAUAACAUCUGGGUUUACAGAGCCUUUUGUAUUGGAAAAAUAUGCCUUUUGCCUGCUCAAAUCAACCUCUUUUGUUAGGGGAUGAGUUAUUUUUCCCCAGCUACAAUGCCUUCAACCAUUGAUGCUAAAGUGUUACCACUUAAGUAUUUCUACUCCUCUCAUCAAAGGGAAGGCUCUCCAAGGAAAGUGCCUAUUAAAGAUUAAGCAGAAGUACAUGCUGCUGGGACUCCAUCUCAGAAGAUGGGAUUGAUCUAUUCCAGAACUAAAUCUGGAUAUCCCCCUAGCUUCAGCAGAGUCCAGCUGCAAGAAGCAGACUUCCUACAUUGAAUGAGGUACAAGACUCCUAAACCACUUAAUGCAUCCUUAAAGACAUGGUGAGCUGAAAUUCAGAUGAAUUAAGGUGAUUUUUUUUUUAAGUGCUUGGAUAUGGAACUACAAUCAUUACAAGUUUUUCCUUUAAUAAGUAUUUUCUUAUUGCACACAUUCUAAAAUGUGGUGUCCUGAUUCCUACCUUCCUUUUCAGUGUCAACUGACUGCAUAUUCUUCUCCUCCCUGUUUCUGAUUGCUCUGUUAAGAGAUGUCCAUUAAAGGCCCAUUAAGUACAAGAAACUUAAGUUCCAAAAAAACUACCAAUUUGGAGCAAAUAAUUUAAGAAAUGCAUAGACUGGAAAUAUUCAGCUGGAGUGCAAUUGGAGUGCAGUUUCUGACCCAGCCUGGUAGUCUUGCAUGCUUUGCUGGUUAGCUGUGUUAAAUGCUGUUUCAGUAGUGUAAUCCAUGUCGUGCAAAGCUUUGAAAUGUUCUUUGGAAAAAAAAAAAAAAAAAAAAGAAAAGCAAUAAACAACUAAGUGCUACAAAA